AUGAUUGCCAUACCGCCGCUCUCUCCGCGCGCCCGGGCGCCAGCCGCAGCUGCCCUCCUCCUCCUCUCGCUCGCCCUCCUCUCCGUGUCAUUUCGCGCGUGGCCGCCUCUGCUGCAAGGAGGAGACGGCCGGGCAAACAGCACCCGCGCCCGCCUCUUCGACGCUGGAUUCCUGUUCGCCAAGACGGAUGUCAAAACGAACGUCAAGACUACCGUCGGAGUCGGCGACAAGCCCGCCCAGCUCGCACUGGAGUAUGCAAAGUCUGUCAGCGGAAAGGCGCACGGAAAGGGGCAGGGCAGGAGGCGGCCGGCCUGGCGGCGGCAGAAGGGCUACUCAUACGGCGCGGCAGCUGCGUCCUAUUAUUCUGCGGGCUCUUACGGCGCCGGCUACUACGAUGGAGGCUCCCGGCUCGGAGUCCGCGCAGUGCCGCCUCCUGAGAAGGAGCGAGGCCUCGCGGCGACCUCCAGCGCGGCGACCUCCAGCGCAGCGCGGCGACCUCCAGCCGACUCUGCUUUGGCCUCCGCCGACGCUGCGGCCGCGACCGACGCGUCCGGCGCCGCUGCUCGCGACUUUGACGGUUUCUUCACGCUGAUGGAGGUCAAGGUCGAGACGAACGUGCCAGUCACCGUCGGCGUGGGCGACAAGGCGGCUGCCGCUGCCAUCGCCUCUGCCUCCAAGGAGAGCGGAGGGGUGACCGCAGACCUCACAGACAGCUCGCCCCAGGAGUACGAAUACUCCUACUUCUACUCCUACGGCGGGGCCCGCCCCGUCGGCGGAGGCCGCUUUGCCAGCGGCGGCGGCGGAGGACGCUUCGGCGGCGGAGGACGCUUCGGCGGCGCCGCCGCCGCCAAGCAGUGGGGGCCGCACCGUGCUUCAAAGCCGCCGCCGCCGCCCCCCGCGCCUCCGCCGCCUCCUCCGUCGCCGCCAUCGCCCCCGACGGGCUUUGGGGAUGACGGCUUGCGCCUGGCCGAGGCGGAGUGGGCGACGGCAACGCCCGCCCCGAAGUCGGCGCACAGCCAGCCCGUCCGAGAAGCGGCUGCCAAGGCGCCGUCGGGUGGCGGCGGCGGCGGCGGCGGCGGCGGCCCACUAGGCUGGUUCGAUUCCUACAAGCCGCCCGUCAGCGUGAGCGUGGCGCCCAAGAUCGCCUUCACCGGCUCCUCGAAGACCUGCUCGUGCAACGCCUGCGACGGGACGCCCUGCUCGCCCGGCGCUGGCAACAGCGCGCACCGCUGCAGCCGGUGCGGCCCGUCCACCCCGGCGUGCUACGGCGAUUCCUCCUCGCCGGCGGGCCGCGGCGCUUGCUUCUUUGUCGGAGAGCCCAAUCUGGAGGGCGGCCUCUGCGACUGCCCCUAG